AUGAACGAAAAUAUCGAGCAGGUUGGUGAAGUUCCAGGAACAACCAUUUUGGUCGAUAAAGAUGGUCAAGUGCAAAAUUAUAUGGGGGGAGUCAAAUUGAAUCAUCAGUCAGAAACUGACAUUAUUCUUAUACCGCAGCCCAGUGAUACUGAUCAGAAUGAUCCGUUAUUGUGGUCUCCUAAAUGGAAAAAACUCCAUAUAACCAUAUUAUUCUUCUAUACCUUGAUUAAUGCCUGUGCUGCUCACUGGACAACCACCGUGUAUACGCUCUUCACCAAGGAUUUCAAUACUAGUUAUUCCAAUCUUAACCAAGUAACCGGGGCGCAAAAUUUGGUUUUAGCCUUUAGUUGUAUAUUUUCCCAGCCGUUUGCCAAUAAGUUUGGUCGUCGACCAACGUAUAUUUGCUCCACGAUAAUAUGUUUAGUGGCCUUUAUUGCCUUUGCCGGAGCCCGCAGUUAUGCUGGAUACAUGGUUUACGGGGUAUUGAUUGGAUUGGGUGUAGGUCCCAUGGAUAGUUUAGUGGGGCCAUCGGUACAUGAUGUCUUUUUUUUACACCAGCAUGGAUACAUGGCUGCGUACGUGAUAGCCUUGGGAUUCGGUUCAAACUUUGGUAUUGUCAUUAGUGGGUACAUAGUGGAAACCACCAAAAAGUGGGAAUGGUGUUUAUACGUAUUAAUCAUACUAGACGUAUGUGUACUAAUUUUUGCCAUCUUCUUUUUGGAAGAAUCUCUCUACCAUAGAGACACAAAGGAUAAAAUAGCAAUUGUUGAAUCUCAUAGUCAAGAAUCAAACGAAAAGGAAGAAAUCAAAGAAACGGUCGAAGUUGAUAACUUGAGUCCAAUUCCCAGAAAACCGUUUUGGCAAAGAAUAACCUUCUUAUCGCUUGAUAAAGCAAACAAAUCCAACAUAUUUGAAUUGACCAUUGCGCCAAUUAAAACCUUUAGGUAUCCAGCAGUAAUCUUCACCUCGUUAAUCUACGGGAUCCAAAUCUGCUGGCUUCAAUUAUUUGGAGUGACUCUUUCGCAAUUCUACUCGGCCCCUCCUUAUAAUUUCACCAGUGAAGCAAUUGGAAAUAUGAACUGGGCCGGGAUAGUUGGUACAAUCAUUGGUGCUGCCUAUUUACAAAUCAGUGACUGGUACCAAGUCUACAGGGCAAAGAAAAACAAUGGGAUUGCCGAACCCGAACACAAACUUGACUUAUGGUACGUUCCGAUGAUUCUCAACGUCCUAGGACUAUUUUUAUACGGAUACGGUCCAAAAUACGGUUAUCAUUGGGUAGUCGGGGCCAUUGGUAUUGGGUUAAUCAACAUUGGAAUUUUUUCAUUAACCACAAUCUCCUUAACCUACGUGAUGGAAUCGUAUCCUAAACAAACCUCAAAAACCAUGGUUGCAGUGUUAUUUGUCAGAAACAUCAUGUCGGCCAUCUUCACCUGGGUGUUCCAAUACUGGUUGGAAGGCUUGGGAGUCAUUUGGUUGGUUGCAAUGUUGGGUCUCUUGUGUUUCUUCAUCAACGCCAGUGUGCUCAUCAUGGUGUUCUGGGGCAAAUCCUUCAGACAAAAGACUGCCCACUGGUACUUCAACUCGGUCCAAGACUAG